AUCAUAGCGUACCUUCCUUGCGGAGCUUAGUGGCGAUCACCGACCCACCGAAAAGCUUGUUCCUCCACGCCAAGCGCCUGGGCAUCCAUGCAUGGUAGCUUGAGAUACUUUGUCAACCACAUCUUGAACCGUCAGCGUAGCUCAUCCUCGUCAAGCAUCCAAACUGUAUCGAAUGGCUGGCCGGAGACGGCACCUUCGACGCCGCAAAUCCUGGGAGUACGGUGACGGCGCAAUCAACAUUCGAGUCGGCAGCAGACGGAGCCCGCGGCGCUUUUACGAGGUCACUGUCUCUGGAGCAAGAGAUGCACCGCGGUUCGCCAGGUGUAUCGAUGACCAAGUCCGGGCUUUCCCACGGGAUCCGAUUGUCAUUUCUAUUAACGGAUAUCAGCCAUGGCUGCAGAAAGUCCUAGGAACCUGCAUCGAAGACUACUGGUCAGAAAUUGCCGAUUUAGCGCGCGAAGUGCAGUUCGCAGAAACCAUGCAGUUCCCGGAAAAGGCAUCCAAACGUGGGGACGACGUACCCUGGACUUUCAUCCUAGACUACAUGAAUGUCCCUCAUGUCUAUUACUGGUCCGUAGAUAUGGAGCCUCCUGAAAGUGAUGACUACGGUCUACCGGCGAUUGACACGUAUCGCUUCAGAGUCGGGGCGUGGGAAUGCGGGAAAGGGGCCUGCCGCUUCGACCGUGAAGUUCCGGUAGCAAUCAUCUUUACCAAGCCUACCCCAGUGUGCGAGCACGUAGUCACCGAGCUUAUGUUUCCCUUUUUGUACCGGGACAACGACUUCGAUCAGCCUCGUGAGGACGAGGAAGGCAUUUGCUGGUUGUUUUCACGCCUUUACUGGCUGCUAACAGAUUGGCAAAACAUCAUCAGCGCAGUCUCCAUCCGGCUUGAGGAAGCGGAGACUAACAGUCACGAACGCCAUCUUCCUGUCAAGACCCGGACCAGAAUGCUGCAUCGAGAAGUCGACCGUCUGUACGAACUGAAGGAGUACAUGCGCUUUCACAAUCGCUCGUUCAAAAAGCUGCAGAAACUGAAGGACGACGUGCCAAAGCAAGAGCAGAAAGACCCGCUGUGGAACGACAUGGAUGACGCUGUCGAAGACCUCGAGCAGUAUGACUCGACUAUGGACAGUUUGAAAGAGCGCUUUAACAAUUUGAUUGAGCUGGAAUUCAACAUCCAAAACGCCCUACAGUCCGACCAAGGCCAGUUCCUGACGACCAUAGCUACGCUGUUCCUGCCCUUAUCAUACCUGGCCUCUAUAUGGGGCAUCACGACCAUAACAUGGCCGCCGAUAUGGUACUUGUAUGCGGCCAUACCUGUCCUGAUCGUCAGCAUCAUUUUCACCGCGAGCUUCCCCUUCAUAGUCCGUCGGAUUCAAAAAGUCUUCUACCCUAUUGAAGAAUAUCGCAUCCAGCUGCAGCCGCGCAACUUCACAAUGCUCGGGGAAGAGCUGCCCGCAAAUGUUGACAUUCCUGGAGGCGGUGGUCGACAAGGAAGGGUCAAGCACAAAGCUCCAAGAAUGGCAGCGCACGAGAGCGCGAGGAGCAGGUCGAAAUCGAGGAUCAGGCCUGAGAAAGUCGAUGAUGAAUGAGUAGAUUCAACGCGAGAUGUACGGCCUCUUAGGUCGUGCU